UGAUCUGCUGCUUACUGCAGUUGUUUGACUGUGGCACAGGGCAGAGAAGAGCACUUCAGUCUCCGACUAACUGUGAUGGAAUAUGACAGUUUAUAAAAGCACGCGUGGAUUCACAAAGACGUCUGAAACACAGAGCCCCUGGGAGAGGGUCUGCAGUGUCUUGUGUGAUCAAAUCCCCAUCUGAUCACUUCCAUACAGAUGACCAGCCAUGGCCACAGCAUCAGACUCAGUGGAUGAUUCAGUGGAUGAAGUUGUGUCCAAACACACUCUGAAGAUACCACUGUGUAUUGUCCUGGUGACCAUCAUUAUACUGACUGCACUUGGAAACUUGCUUGUGAUGGUGGCUCUCUGUAAAGACAGACAGCUAAGGAAGAAGAAGACCAACUUCUUUAUCGUAUCACUGGCAUUCGCAGACUUUCUAGUUGCCCUCGUGGUGAUGCCCCUGGCAGCCAUAGAGUUGGUCACUGGUCAGUGGAGCUAUGGAGAGAUGUUCUGCUUGGUCCGGACCUCACUGGAUGUGCUGCUGACCACUGUUUCUAUACUGCAUCUGUGCUGCAUUGCCCUAGACAGGUACUAUGCGAUUUGCUGCCAGCCUCUGGUCUACACAAAUAAGAUGACGCCUGUGAGAGUCUCAUUGAUGCUGGUUGGAUGCUGGGUCAUCCCCAUUUUCAUCUCUUUUCUUCCCAUCAUGCAAAGUUGGAAUACCAUUGGAAUCGAGAGCUUUAUCGAGCAAAGAGAGUUCAACUCUUCCCAUAAUUCAACUUGUGUGUUCAUGGUGAACCGACCCUAUGCUCUGGUGUGUUCGGCCGUGGCCUUUUAUGUGCCGCUGGUGCUGAUGGUUCUCGCCUAUCAGAGAAUCUAUGUCACCGCUAUGGGACACGCUCGGCGAAUCGGCUCACUGCAUCGGGCCGGCUCGGCCCCUUCUUCGACUUACCCCAACCACGAUCAACAUGGUUCCAAUCGAAUUAAGAACGAAACUAAGGCGGCCAAGACACUGGCUGUCAUCAUGGGUUGCUUCUGUCUGUGCUGGGCGCCCUUCUUUAUCACCAAUGUGGUGGAUCCCUUCAUCAAUUACAGCGUGCCCUGGCAGAUGUGGACCGCUUGGCUCUGGUUGGGUUACAUCAACUCGGGCUUGAAUCCGUUCCUGUAUGCUUUUCUGAACCGGGCUUUUCGGCGAGCCUUCCUCAUGAUCCUGUGCUGUGGAAAUGAGCGCUAUGCCCGGCAGCGGGGCUUUAGUCCGAGCAGACAGCACUCAGAGUCUGUCAACGGAACCUCCAUUUCUCUCAGAUUGUCAUUUCUUCAAAACCGAAGGUACAGCAACAAUUCCAAUCGAUUUCUGUCAUGCGAGCUGGAAUCUCAGGAGUCUGCUGGUGCAUCAUAGCCAAGAGUUCAAGUGCCUGCAGAUGCAGCCUGAUGAGAACAUACUGACAACAGCCUAUAGAGGAAAUAUGUGUCAAAUCAAGAGACUUCAUUGCAGUUUCCUUUUGAUGAUAAGUAACAAAUCGCAAAGAUUGUUUAUAGGUCUAUUUUGAAAAACGUAUUGUGUAAGAAUGAUGUUAGCAUGCAAGUAUUUUAUCAGACAGCCUUAAUUCAUGAAUGCAACCAGAUAAAAUGUCCAGGAAUGUUCAAGGAGAUGGGUAAAGGUUUGGGUAAAAGCACAACAAAGGAAAAGAUGGCAAAGAAAAUACACUUUGAAAGAAUGAGUUCCCCUUAAAAUUUAAUUUGCUAAAUAUUAUUUUUUCACCCUCAGGCCCUCCAAGAAGACUUGCUCACAAAUGGAUCCUGUGCAGAAUGGGUGCCGCAAUAUGAGUCAAACAGCUGAUAAAAAUAACACAAUAAUCCACAAGUAAUGCAAGCGAAAAUCUGCCCGUUUAAAUAAACAAAUCCAUCAUCAUCACUUCUGACCAAAAACAUCCCUAAUAAUCAGAAAACAGUGCUUGGAUAGAGUACUUGUAUUGUAGCCCAGUGGUGUCAAAUUCAGUUCUUGGAAGGCUACAGGUCUUCAGAGUUUUGCUCCAACCCUAUUUAAACACACUUGAACCUGCUAAUCAGGGUCUUCCGGGAUUACUAGAAACUUCCAGCCAUGUGUUUUGGAGCUACAUUAAGCAGGACCCCGGUUCUCAGGACCAGAGUUUGACACAUGUUUUAGCUAGAAACAGCGGUUUAAAGUUAAAAACAUCUUAAGAUGGAUUUCUUUCUCACAAACAUGCAGCUUUUCACUUUACAAGAUGUGAACUGAUGGAUUGGAGUCGUGGAUUAUUGUGAUGUUUUUAUCAGCUGUUUGGGGUCUCAUUCUGAUGGCACCCAUUCACUGACAAGGAUCCAUUGAAGAGCAAGUGAUGUAAUGCUAAAUUUCUCAAAAUCUGAACAAACUAGUCUUAUCCUUCAGCUGUGUGGAGUUGUCAACGUACUGCUUGUCUUUAUGUAGAUGUUCUUAUCUUUCAAAUUAGGAGGAACAUUUCUUCUUCAGCUGUAAAGGCUAAAUGAUAAAUGUGUACUGCUCAUCAGACAGGUGCAAACGGCUUGUCAAUUAAGCAUGCAGUUAUUCUUGCAUCCAUUGAAUCUCAAAUGCUGAUUUUCAGACUAAGGAGUUGAUACUCCCUCUUUAUUCAUCAGUGUAUUUAUGUUGUACAUGUACAGUUUUGACUUCUUUGAAAAGAAGCAGUGGCUUGUCACUGUGUGACAUUUGUACUUUUAUUGUAUCAUGGUGUAAUCAAACAUAAUUUAAUGUACAGUGUAUCUGGACGAAGAAUCUAAAAAAAAUGUUGUUAAAAGUUUCAUAAAACUACAUAAGAACUA